AUGAAUCGGAAGAUAUCGAAUGAAAGAACGUUGGUGGCCGGAGCGGUCUGCUGGUCUCCGACGGUGGCUUAUAUGUUUGUAUCGUUGGCAAAAGGCGCACAAGACGUAUAUCGAAUGAAAACAAUAACUCGAGUGUGUAAGACACCAAAACGAUCGACCCAAUUGGCUCGUAGUCUUCCCGCCUUAAAAGUUCAAUCUGAUGGGAAAAUGUCCAAAACUCGAUAA